AUGGAGGGGUGUAGGCCAUUGGGUUUCUUGAUAGGCUUGCCUUUUGCCUUUCUUGCGCUGAUCUUCUCUUUAGUAGGCGCUCUUGUUUGGAUCCUCGGAACAUUGUUGAGCUGCUUGUGCCCUUGUUGCAUAUGUUGCACUGGAAUUGCCAAGUUGGCUGUAAGCCUCAUGAAGCUCCCUGUGAAAGUCAUAAGAUGGUUUAUUGAAAAGACAACGGUGGAGCUCAUCGAUGUGCAGCGGCGCUUCAUCUCCAUCUCCUGUACAGCGGCGAGCGCAGCUUCAUCUCUGAGCUUCCCUGUGCAGCGAAUCGUACAUGGCAGCGGAUCUCCGGACGCUGCUGUCCGUCGGCGCUUUCGAUGGAGCUACGCCGCAAUAGUGGUGAUGUUGGAGUUGGAUUUAGUGGUAGCGGCUUUGUUGGUGGCAGGGUUGUGGUGUGGUGUGAUGUUGGUUGAUCUGACGAGGUUUGUUGGAUCUGUCUGGUGGCUGUGGUGGUUUCUGACGAUGGAGACAUUGGUUUUGUUGGUGAGGUUGAAGGUUGGAUAUGGUGGUGGCGCAGUGGAUUUAGAUACUAAACGGGCGGUGGCGGAGGCACACAUGCUUGCUUUCCCUCCAAAUACUGGAGCAAUUAGAAGUCCAAUUCACAAAACGCCCGAUAAACAAACCCCAAUGGCAUCCACCUCUGCUCCUGGCAACAAUGCUAUGUAUGGAAGAAUCAAAUCGGCGGCUUCAACGCUUUUCUCCGACAAUCAGUCCCUCAUUUCGGAAAUCAGGAAAUCGAUGAUUAUGAUGAAGGAAAUCGCAGUGGAUAUGGAGAGAGAGAACGAAUCUGAAAUGGUGAAGGAGCUCGAAGCUGGUGUUAUUCAAUUGUUGGAAGCCUCAGACCAAUGUACUCAUCUUUCCACGACAAUACAAUCACUAGGUGACGAAUACCACCCUGGGCCAGAGCUAACUGAUUUCAGCAAGCUUUUUGAGGAUAAGAUUGGAAGACUAAAGGCUGGUUCAUCAUCUGUCCCACAGAACCAUCCGUGGCUACGCCAGUUUCGUGAAGCUAUCUGGAACGUUCAUCAUCCAGGAGAGCCUAUGCCAGGUGAAGAGCAGGAGGACAUAGUAAUGACCAGCACACAGUGCAAUCUUUUGAAUGUUACUUGCCCAUUGAGUGGAAAGCCUGUGAUUGAGCUUGCAGAUCCGGUUAGAAGCAUGGACUGCAAGCAUAUUUACGAGAAGAAGGUUAUAAUGCAAUACAUAAGGUCCAAGAAUUCACGCAGCCAAUGUCCUGUAGCAGGGUGCCCUAAAAUGCUGAUGCCGGAUAGAGUGGUGUGUGAUCCACUGCUACUGAUAGAAAUUGAUGAGAUGCGCUCCAUGAACAAAGAAAAUACUAGACAUGAUGUCAUUGAAGAUUUUACGGAACUUGAUGAAGACGACUAA